CUUCCUCCUACUGGGCACAUGCUCUGCCUCCUUCGGAGAUAUCGAAAGUAAACCAGGAGUGCCUUUUCAGAGAGAUAAUGGCUGACAGUGUGGAUACGUUUGAGUGUUCCAUCUGCCUACAGUUACUUCAGGAUCCGGUGACGGCUGCAUGUGGGCACAAUUAUUGUUUGGCUUGCAUCAAUUCCUACUGGGACAGCAACAGUAACAGAGGAAACACUUACUUGUGCCCUCAGUGUAGAGAGAGUUUCUACCCGAGGCCUACUUUGAAGAAAAACACACUUCUCUGUGACCUUUUGGAAGAAUGCAAAAGGAGCACAGGUCAACGUGAUACCGGUAAUGGUAAUGCUGCUGCUGCUGCUGCUGCUGCUGCUGCUGCUGCUGCUGCUGCUGCUGCUGCUGCUGCUGCUGCUGGGGGUACUGACACCCAUGAGGAGCUUGGUUUGUCCUGUGAUGUUUGCAAAGGAACAAAUCAGAAAGCAAGCAUGUUCUGUUGUGUGUGUUUGGUUUCUUUCUGUAACAUUCAUCUGCAGCCUCACUUUGAGGUGCCUCCCCUAAAAAAGCACAGUCUGAUUCCAGCCUCAGCCAGAGCAAAGGAAAGCAUCUGUAGCUGUCACAACAGACUUGUAGAGAUCUACUGUCGAACUGACCAACAGUUCAUAUGCUUGAUGUGUGUGAUGGAGGAACACAAAGACCACAACACGGUGACAGUGGCAGCAAGACAAUGUGAGAUAAAGAGCGAACUGGAUGAAACUAUGCAGAGCAUGAAAGAAAGAAUGCUAGAGGCAGAGAUGGAAAUGUUUAAACUGAGCGACGCUGCAGACGACAUCAGGGAUGCUGCAUGGGAGGCAAGUAAUGAAUUUGAGCAACUCUGUGAGGAAUUCCUUCACUCAGUUAUCAGCUCUAUGAAGUUAAGAUGUGCUGAAAUGAGGGGAAAAGUACAGGAAGCAGAGAAAGCUGGAGUGGACUGGAUUGAUGACCACCUCAGAAAACGGCAGCGUGAAGUGUGGACACUGAAGAAGAGACAAGAUAAAAUCAAUCACCUGGCUCUUAUUAAGGAUCCAAUACAGUUCAUUCAAGAGUUUCAGAGGUCUGACCUGGAGUCCCCAAAACACUUACAUGGAAGUCUUGACCAGCUGCCACAGUUUGUUGCUGCUCAGGAGGAUAAAAUAAAAAAUCUCUCCAACAAUGAAAAGACAGACAUAUAUGUCUGUUCUAAAAAAUACCUAUUGUUAAAAAGUCCCAGGCUGCCACAGAUAAUAAUAUCAAGGACUAAACCUUUGGCCACAUACACUGAUGUGGAGAUGGAUCCCAACACAGUGGGUUCAUGUCUUUGUUUGUCUGACAAUAACAAAGAGAUAUUCUUCCAUGGAAAUCCCCAGACUCAUCCUUAUCACCAAGACAGAUUCACCUUUUAUCCCCAGGCUCUUUGUAUGAAGGGCCUGGAGGGAAACCACUACUGGGAGGUGGAGUGGGAUGGUGGAGUUGUUGAGGUGGCUGUGGCAUACAAAGGGAUAAACAGACAAGGCUCAGGGAAUGAUUGCUGCUUUGGCCACAAUCACAUGUCCUGGAAAUUGAAAUGCUCUUCCUCCGGCUGCACCUUUUGGCACAAUAGUCUCCAUAAAGGUAAUCUUUGUCCAGUGAAAUCCUGCAGGGUGGGCAUACAUCUAGACUUUAAAGCAGGUAUGCUUGCUUUCUACAGUGUCACCGACAGGUUGAUUUUGCUGCACAAAACCCAAACCACCUUCACUGAACCAGUCUAUCCUGGGUUUUCGGUUGAUUUAGGUGCUACACUGAAAAUAUGCAACAUCUAACCCACUAGUGCUUGCACAUUACAUCACAUUGGAGGGAUGUAAAAUAACAUUUUUGUAAAAGGUGAUUAAGUGGCAAUAUGUGCAUAAAAAUCACCCAGCAAACCCUUAAAUGAAUGGGACUGAUUUAAAUUAAUUUAAGACAGAAUUAAUUUAAGGCACAAAACACCUUUACGGAGAACGCUUCAAGCGUACUGCAUCCUACAGCACAAAGUGACCUUCGACUGAUUUUUUUGAACGCUGGAGCAUUAUACUGCAAUUCUUUUGCUGAUAUAGGAAAUUUUAUUUCCGCCUUACCCAUUUUCUGGUGGUAUGCUGACAAGAUAUAUAUUCAAGGGACUUUGGAAGAUACAUUGGAUGACUCUUAUUAUGACAAAUCUAUGUUGGUACUAUUUAAACUUCUUUAAUCACAUAAAUGUGAUCUAAUAACUUUGUACCUAACCCAAUUUCCAGUCAUUUCUUCAGAUUAAAUUAUGAUUUAUAAUUUACAUGGUUGUAAUUGAAUCAAAGGGCAAAUAAAGCUCAACAUUUAAAAAAA